UUACUUUGCGUAGGGGCUGCAGCACAAGAAGGAGGCAGAGAAUGAGUUUCGGUUUCACAGCUCGGCCUCUUAUAGACCUUCAGUGUAAAUAUGACAGAGGAGGAAGAGGAGGAGGAGGAGUUGUUUCUAUUGAUGAGAAGCUACGGCAGCCCUGUCCCCCUGUUUCCACAUUAUUCGUGGUUUUUAAUAGUUUUUAAAAUGUGAGUUUAUUCGAGGUAGAAAAAAAAAACCUCUGAACUUUCAGAAAUUCCAGUUUUGAUAAAUAAGCCUCCCCCUGUAUUUGCAACGGGCAACAGGUUUGCUUGGCACACGCGGGUAACUAUUACAAGUCAUGUUCUGUUUUUCUGAGCGGCCCGUCCCUCCCCGAGUGCAAUUAUCUGGUGAUCGUUCUCUAGUGAAACAACAGCACAGCCCUUUGCUCGGCAGCCGAGAAAUGAAAGCGAAACUGUGGGGAUUGUCCGUCUCCCUGGGUGUCAGGCUCAGAUUGGCUCCAGGCAAAUCACAGAAGGUCAAAGGUCUUGAAAGAACAGGCCAAAAUGUCCCAGAAGGCAAGAGAAGAGAACACUAGCGAAUCACAAGCUGUGGAUUAUUCUGAAGAACCCCAGCCCAUAAUAAAGAGAGACACAACAGGGGUAAUUGAUCAAGUGAAGAAAAUGCUAAAAGAGGAUGAAGAGGAAAAGGACCAAGUGAUGCAACAACUCACGUGUCUUCAGCAACAAGUGUGGGAGGCCUUCGAAGAGUGUGAAAAGAAAUUAAGGGCAAUAACCCUGACAGCAGAUACAAACAAUCAGUUACUAAGCGAAUACUUCCAGGAUAUGUAUCACUUCCUGCAAAACCAAACAGAGGUUUCCCUAAAGUCUACUGAAAACUUGGAGGCCAAACUCACAGAUUUGUCGUUGGCAGUCGCAAAACUGUUGGAGGAAGUUACAAUCAAGAAGCCAAAAAGGAAACAUAUUCCCACAUUUAUGGAGAGAGUAAAAGUAUUUACAGCUCAGUUAAAAGAAAUGGAGACAAUGAAGGGCUUGCUUGAAGGAUGUGUUUCCCCUCUACAAAUCCACGAGUGGAGAGGGUUAAGACAUGUCAUGAAACCAGCGCCAGAUCCAUUACAGUUUGACCCAGACAGCGCCAACCCUUAUUUGAACCUAUCGACAGAUCUAAGGCAAGUGAAACUACAACUCUGUGCCGAGGAGAGGAAAGACAGAACGUAUUGUUUUGAACCAGGACUGUAUGUACUGGCGCUGCCCGGGUUUAAGUCUGACGCGCAUUACUGGGAGGUGGAUGUUGGGCGCAAGAGUAACUGGAUCAUUGGCACCGUCAUGAGGUCAGUGGAACGCAAGGGAGAACGGGAACUGAGCCCAAAGAACGGCUACUUUGUUCUGUGUAAGCAACAAGAUGGGGAAUAUUAUGGCACUGGGUCUUCGCCUUUGAAUCUGAAGACGUCUCCCAUUAGAAUUGGGGUGUGUUUGGACUUAAUCAGGGGUCGCUUGGCAUUCUAUGAUGCUGAUACCACACACUUGAUCUAUGAGCUUCACUGUCCUCUCCAUGAAGAACUCUUUGCUCUGUUCUGCCCGGGGGUGCCGACGAGAGUGGAAGACUGGUGCCCAAUGAAAUUGUGUUCUUAAGAGACAAGGCCACCCUGUAGGGGUGAAACCAACCCAAUCACUAAUCUUCAGACUUACUCCUUAUUAGAAAUAAGCACAUCAAUACUGAGCCAUGAAUCAUCAUCAUCAUCAUUUAUUUAUAUAGCAUAAACUGCAGAAUUGCAUCUCAGAAUAAGGGUUUUUUUCCUCCGAAUAAAGCAGACCAAGUGCAUAUUCAGUCCUGGGAAAUAAUUCCACCAGGACUUUGGUUCUUUAUCCCCAACAUCACAGCCUUGUGUGGGAUAACCAAAGCACUUAGCUCACAUGGACUCCGGCUUUUGUUGAUGACAUACGGUAUGAUUGAAUGAUGAAAUAUGCUGUGUUUAUCUAAUUAAAAUUGUUGAUUU